AUGGAGGAAUCUACAUUUCUCCCUGACAUUUCGUUCUCGCGGACGAUAAAUAACUCCUCACGUCCCCACACACAAAGUAAAAAAAUAGGAACUGGAAAGAAACGUCACAAUGUUGUUGUAUUUCCAUACUACCGUGAUCAUCUCGCAUGUGAUCCACAGAAUUCCUUUUGCGUGUAUGGUAAUUAUGAGUUUCGCUGGGGUGAUCCUAUUGCAGAGGCGGAGGAAAAUAUAUACUCCCUUAUUGAUGAUAUGAUAGUGGCCGCACAACGUGCCUUUGAUGAAGCACAGGUGUUUUGGAAAAAACUCCCUUCUUCUGUGCAGCGGGCGCAUAUUCUUCGCAAUGUAAACACGUUAACAUCAGCCUCAGUCUCGCCGACUCCGCACUUCAACGCUUCUCCUCUACAACACACACCCACCCAUACACACACUGACGCCGCCACCUUCACCGCACUGCUGCGCCACACUAAACGUAAAAGCGUUGACUUGUCCAUCUCUCAUAUAGCUGUUAACACAUCUGCAGCCACAACUGUUAAUAUAAAUGCCAAUACUUCUGCCGUAUUAGCUGGAAGUCGCGGUGGUGGUGCUGGUGGAAGUGUUAGUGUACGGCCGACAACCGCCAUCGCACGUGUUCUUCGCCGAGAAGAAGAGGAAGAGGCCAUUGUACGUGAACUCACACCUCAGUGGAUCCCACCAAUGAAUCACACAAAAUGCCGCAUUGUACUCGAUAUUGUGGCAUCACGCAAGACACUUGGAGAUUCACCACACAGUAGCGAACCCUACCGAUUGGGACAGAUGGCAUUUAAGUAUGCAUACACAAAGUAUGCAGCGGAGGUGAUGACGAUGUUUGUUGGCAUUAGUGAUAGUGCCGUAACGCUGGUGGGUAGAGAUAUUCUCUAUCCAUAUCGUGUAACGGGCGGUGGUGGAGGAGGUGCUGGUAUUACUGGUGCUGCUGGUGGUGGUGCGAAGACUCUUGUGAGUCCAGAGCCACCAAAUAUUUCUGGUCCCUCUCGUGCUGCGGGAACUCGAGGAGCUGGUAAUACUAGAGCUGAGGCAGCUGCAAUGGCUGCAGCACUCUCUUAUGCAGGUGCGAUGAAUACAACAAUGUCUAUAAGUUCUGCAGCUCCAAUCGCAAUGGCACCUAAUCUUGAGCAGUUGCUUCCCAAUACAAUCCCUGCGCCCCGAAUGGUGAUGGCCCCACCUGUGAAUACUGAAAAAGUGGAUAAUGUGCGAUUGGUAGUUUGUUUCCCUCUCGUGGAUACUGAGUUAGAUGACGUAUUGUGA